GAUGGAUCGAACCAAUAUGGGUAUUGCCGUCGUUGCCGGCAUGGGUGUUGAUCUCGUCCUUACUGGCAACCGAUACUCCAUUAUUGUCCUUGUCUUCUUCAUUACCUAUGUCUUGCUGCAACCCCCCGCGACCGUCGUUCUGCGCAAAGUCGGUCCUCGCAUCUUCUUGCCAAGCAUUGUUGUGCUCUGGGGAUUGACCAUGAUUGCUUUUGGUUUUAUCAAGAACUGGUGGGAUCUCAUUUACUUGAGAUUGAUUCUCGGUGUUUUUGAGGCUGGUUUCUUCCCUGGAUGUGCCUAUCUCCUCAGCUGUUGGUAUCCCCGCUACGAGCUACAGAAGCGCAACGCCGUUUUCUACCUGAUUGGAUCCAUGGCCUCUGCCUUUUCCGGUAUUCUCGCCUACGGUUUCUCCCAACUCAAGAACCACGGAAGUGGCCCUGUCUGGUGGGGACAGCAUUAUGGACCAACCCCCACCAACCCCGACGCACCAUCUGGUAUUCUACCUGGUAUUGCCGGCUGGAGAUGGAUUUUCAUCCUGCAGGGAGUCAUUACCUGCGUUCUCGGCCUGGGAUCUCUGUUGUUGAUUGUCGAUUUCCCCGAAUUGUCCGUCAACACUUUUGGAUUGAAAUUCCUCAACCAGCGAGAAGCCGACUUUAUCGUGGCGCGCAUCGAAGCCGAUCGUCAAGAUGUGGUUCUGGAGCAAUUCAACAUCUGGAAAUAUCUGAAGCAUGCACUCGAUCUCAAGGUCUGGGCUUUUGCUGCUCUGUUCGGCUUGACCACCACCAACACGUACGCCAUUGCCUAUUUUUUGCCCAUCAUUUUGAACGUCGGUAUGGGAUUCAACGUCGCUGCUUCGCAGUGCUUGAUUGCUCCUCCCUACGUUCUCGCAGCUAUUGUCAUGUACGCAUUUGCCUGGGCGGGUGAUAAAUACCAUCUGCGAAGCCCCUUUAUUUUGGCCAACGGCGCUCUCCUCCUGAUCGGUCUCCCUCUCCUCGGCUAUCUCGACAACGUGGGCGUUCGAUACUUUGGUGUAUUCCUCGCAACCACCGCAUGCAAUGCAAACGUUCCUUGCGUUUUGACAUGGCAAGCCAACAACAUCCGAGGCCAAUGGAAGCGAGCACUCUGUUCGGCGACUUUGGUCGGAGCCGGUGGCAUCGGUGGCAUCAUCGGCAGCACCGUGUUCCGUGAGCAAGACAAGCCUGAAUACCAUCCAGGUAUUCUCACCUGCAUGAUCUCCAGCGGCCUUAUCAUCCUCAUUACCUUGGCUCUGGACUACAAGUUCUGGCGCGCAAACAAGCGAGUCGCGGCCGGUGGAAAGCCGAUCGAAGGACUCGAGGGAUUCACGUACACGUACUAG